CGAGCGCUACAGUGUAACAAAAGCAGCGGGAUGAAAGAGUGAAAUAACGCGCGAGUGUAUGAAGCGCUGCGUUCAUUAAUAACACUCACCGCACACACACACACACACACAUACACUCACUCUGUCUAGCACUCAUUCUCACUCUGCGCUCACAGGACUUCAUACACACACACACACACAUACACAGAGGAGCUGAGGAAUCUCCGCCGCAGCUGGACAGCAGAGUACGGAGCACCAGAGCGGGCCGACAUGGACGAGCAGCCGCGCCUGAUGCACGCACAUGCGGCCGUGGGGAUGAGCGGACACCCGGGCCUGGCUCCGCACAUACCGGACAACACCGGAGCCGCCGACGGGGACGGAAGAAAGCAGGACAUUGGAGACAUUUUACAACAGAUCAUGACCAUCACUGACCAGAGUCUGGACGAGGCGCAGGCCAGAAAACAUGCGCUCAACUGCCACAGAAUGAAGCCAGCACUCUUCAACGUCCUGUGUGAAAUCAAAGAAAAAACAGUGUUGAGUAUCCGUGGAGCUCAGGAGGAGGAGCCUCCCGACGCUCAGCUGAUGCGAUUGGACAACAUGCUGCUGGCGGAGGGCGUGUCCGGGCCGGAGAAAGGGGGCGGGUCUGCGGCGGCAGCGGCUGCAGCUGCGGCUUCAGGAGGAGUCGGAGCCGAUAACUCCGCCGAACACUCUGACUACAGAGCCAAACUCUCACAGAUCCGCCAGAUCUACCACACUGAGCUGGAGAAAUACGAGCAGGUCAGCAAACAUGCAUGUAACGAGUUCACGACUCAUGUGAUGAACCUGCUGAGGGAACAGUCUCGCACGCGACCCAUCUCGCCCAAAGAGAUCGAGCGCAUGGUGGGCAUCAUCCACCGCAAGUUCAGCUCCAUCCAGAUGCAGCUGAAGCAGAGCACCUGUGAGGCCGUGAUGAUCCUGCGCUCACGAUUCCUCGACGCCAGGAGGAAAAGACGAAACUUCAACAAACAGGCCACAGAGAUCCUGAAUGAGUAUUUUUACUCUCACCUCAGUAACCCGUAUCCCAGUGAGGAGGCCAAAGAGGAGCUGGCCAAGAAAUGCUCCAUCACCGUCUCACAGGUGUCUAACUGGUUCGGAAACAAGCGAAUCCGAUAUAAGAAGAACAUCGGAAAGUUCCAGGAAGAAGCGAACAUGUAUGCGGCCAGAACGGCUGUGAACGCGGCGAGCGUUUCUGCACACGGCAGUCAGGCAAACUCUCCGUCCACUCCAAACUCAGCAGGUUCUGCAGGCUCUUUUAACAUGUCAAACUCUGGCGAUUUGUUUAUGAGUGUUCAGUCUCUGAACGGGGACUCGUACCAGGGCUCUCAGGUGGGGGCCAAUGUUCAGUCACAGGUGGAUACCCUUCGCCAUGUUAUCAGCCAGACAGGAGGAUACAGUGACGGCCUCGCAGCAAACCAGAUGUACAGUCCGCAGGGCAUCAAUGCGAACGGCGGCUGGCAGGAUCCCACCACCCCGUCCUCCGUCACCUCACCCACAGAAGGACCCGGCAGCGUCCACUCUGACACCUCCAACUGAUCCAUCACACACACACUCACACACACACACAGCGUCAGCCCUCGUCUUCAUGCUACCUCUCAGAUCAUCCACAGGUUAGAGCAGACCGACAGACAUCAGUCCAGCCUUCAUCAGCACCUUCUGUUCACACAUCUACCAUAGUGCCAAAGUACUUCAAUACAUCCUUUUAGCAUAUAAUAGACCCGAGAAAGCAUUUUAAGAAGGCCUAAAUUUAAGAUUUGGGGUUUUGAAGUGCAUAUAAAUAAAUAAUUGCACAUUAAAUAAUGCACUUAAUAUGAUGCAUAUUUGCUAGAAAUAAUUGCAAAGGUUUUAUUUGUUAACAUUAGACUUUAAUUACUCUGUAAAGAAUGUAAUGCCAAAAAUUGGUAACACUAACUACAUACUAAGAACUAUUUAUUUAGCAUUAGCAAAUAGUGAAUUCAUUAUUUGUUAAACAUAAACUCUACAUUAAUAACCAUUAUAAGCAGUUUAUAACUGCAGCUACAAAUGCUUUAGUCUUGACUGUUAAAUACAUGUGUAAUGUGUUUAAUAAAUGUGUUUUCAUACUUUGUUAAUGAUUAAUUCGUCAUUGCUAAA